UAAUUUUAUUAUUAAGGGUUUAACCAUGGUUGAGUUAAGUAAACUAAACCUUUGAGUUUUUAGCGGUCCAGUGUUAAAAACAACUCCUGCUCUUCAUUUUUGAAAGAUAACGCGAAAGAGAGAGAAACUAAAAAAAAUCGAAGCUCAAAUUCAUGAUCGUUUGAUUGAUUUGAUUCAUUCAACUUUCUUGAAUUUAUAAUUCUUUGAUUCUUCUUCUUUUUUGGAUUGAUUGAUUAAUUUCUUACUUGAAUUGAUUUCCCAGAUCUCUCUUUUAUUAUAAGAUAAUCAAAGUAUAGAGAUCUUACUUAGUACGAUGGGGAUGUGAAUGUAGUGAUAUUGCUGAAAUUGAGCUAGUCAGUUUGGUGGAUUGUGAAAAAAGAGGUGGAUUUAGGGGUUUUGGUGGGUGAUAAAUUAAUGAUUGUGACCUUAUUGUGCACCUUGAGUAGUAGUUUCCUGUUGAGGGAUAUAGAGUUAGGUGGUAGCUUGAGAGAGGAGAACGGGCUCUCUUUCGCGGUCACCGUGUUUGAAAGAUUUGAGAGGCAAUAUGUCUAAGGUGGACAGCCCUGUUCAGACCCAGGCCCCUGUUGGGUUGUUUAAGAACCCAUUGUUGAGGUCGGGUUCGGGUUCGGGGGAGUUCUAUGGGAAAGUGUCUACCACGGGUAGGAGGAGGGUUUUUGUGCAGACGGACACAGGGUGUGUGUUGGGGAUGGAGUUGGAUCGGAGUGAUAAUGUUCAUACUGUGAAGAGGAGGUUGCAGAUUGCACUUAAUGUUCCGACUGAUGAGAGUUCUUUGACUUAUGGGGAUAUGGUGUUGAAGAAUGAUCUUGAUGCUAUUAGGCAUGAUUCCCCUCUUCUUUUGACGAGGGGGAAUAUGCAUCGGAGCUCAUCCACCCCGUGUUUGUCUCCUCGAGGUGGGGAUCUCCAGCAGAAGGAUAAGAGUGGUCCGGUGGAGUUGUUGGGGCGGUCUGAUCUGCAUGAGGUUAACAAGCAGAUGGUUAAGGAGAUUGGCAAGGCGAUUAAGAAUGGUGUUGAUCCAGUGCCUGUGACUGGUGGGCUUGGAGGUGCUUACUACUUUAGGAACAUUAGAGGGGAGAGUGUUGCUAUUGUGAAGCCCACUGAUGAAGAGCCUUUUGCGCCAAACAAUCCAAAAGGGUUUGUAGGCAGGGCUCUUGGGCAACCAGGUCUGAAGCGAUCUGUCCGGGUUGGGGAGACAGGCAUAAGGGAAGUAGCGGCGUAUCUUCUUGAUGCCCAGAAUUUUGCAAGUGUACCUGCUACGGCUUUGGUGAAGAUCACUCAUUCUAUCUUUAAUGUCAAUGAUGGGGUGAAUGGUAACAAACCUCACAAGAAGAAACUGGUCAGUAAGAUCGCUUCUUGCCAGCAAUAUAUCCCACAUGAUUUUGAUGCCAGUGACCAUGGAACCUCAAGCUUUCCCGUCUCAUCUGUGCAUAGGAUUGGGAUAUUGGACAUUAGGAUUUUUAACACCGACAGGCAUGCUGGCAACCUCCUUGUUAGAAAGCUUGAUGGUGUGGGGAGAUUUGGUCAAGUCGAGCUCAUUCCCAUUGACCAUGGUCUUUGUCUGCCUGAAACUUUGGAGGAUCCAUACUUUGAAUGGAUUCACUGGCCACAGUCUUCUAUCCCAUUUUCUGAGGAUGAGCUUGCAUAUAUUGAGGGCCUUAAUCCAGAAAAAGAUUGUGAGAUGCUUCGCGCUGAGCUUCCAAUGAUCCGUGAGGCAUGCCUUCGUGUCUUGGUGCUCUGCACCAUUUUCCUCAAAGAAGCUGCAGCCUUUGGCCUGUGUCUUGCCGAGAUAGGUGAGAUGAUGAGUAGGGAAUUCCGUAGUGGAGAGGAGGAACCUAGUGAACUUGAGCUUGUGUGCAUUGAAGCGAGGAGACUGGUGGAAGAGAGGGAGUUGUUUGUGCCGGAGUCUGAAGCUGGUGAAGAUGACUUUCUGUUUGACAUUGAUUGUGAGGACCCUGAGUGGGACUGUACUCCUAAGAUGGGAAAUGGAGAGGAUUAUUUCAUCAGAUCACCAGUCUUUGGUGUGAAUGGUAGAAACCCUCUCUCAAAGCUGGAGGAAAGUCCGGAGGAGGAAGAGGAAAGUGAAGAUGGUGACAAUGAUGGGGAGGUGGAUGCGGAGGGGAAUGGUUUUGCGGUAUUUCCUGGUCCUCAAAAAUUCCCAUCUAUGUCAAUGAUAUCAAUGUCCCUCAAGAAUACUUGUUUAGCGGAAAAGAGUCAGAAAUUUCCUGGGGCGAAAGCAGAGAAUGGCUAUUCGUCAUCUGGUCAUAGGAGUGCAAAUGAGCAGCUCCCUGCUAGUGCUAGUUUUGUGAAGGUUGCUGACAUGAACGAAGAGGAGUGGACACUCUUUCUUGAGAAGUUCCAAGAGCUGCUGCGCCCAGCAUUUGCUGAGCGGAAGGCUGUGACCCUCGGGCAGAGGCAGAGACUGAGGCUCGGGACUUCGUGCCAGUUUUGAGAUAGAGAUACUUACAGCUAUAUGAGAGGGCUUAGCCAGUUGAGAUAAUAAGGAUUUGUAGGUGUUGCGAGAGUGGAGGAGGAUUGAUAGGAUUUAUUAGGUCAGGGACACUUCCCAGGAAGUAGUGGUGGGUUGUGGCCUUGGGAGGGCAGCAGCAGUUUGGAAGUGCUGUAAAUAUUCUUUGAAGGCGGCAAUGCUUCGGCGAAGUGGCUGUCUUAGUAGGAUUUGUUUGUAUUUUUUUGUUCUCUUCUUAGAAAGCCUUGAAGCUUUUGGUUUUAGAUUUUUCUUUCACUCUUUGUGGGCUUGUUUGAUAAAUAAUUUUGUAGAAAAUGAGAAAUCCGUCAAAAAAAGAACCAAAAAAAACAGAAAAAAAGAAAAAAAAAAAAAAGAAAAAGAAAAUAGAAACUAAUGUAUAUACCACUGAGACUGUUGUUUCUUGUGAAAUUCCUCCAUUCCACUUAUUACCCUCUUUUUGCA